GGGGCACGAGGCGUCACGUUGCUAUGGCAGCUACACAGGCAGGCACACAACAACGCUAGAAGAUGUCUACCUCACUGGCAAAAGAAGAAACAAAGAAGAGACGAACUCUAGUGUUGAGACCCUCUUCUCGAGCAGUAAAUAUCUCAGUGUCAGGAAUACAUGGCGUCAACCAAAGUACAAGACACACAAACAGCGUCGUCGGUUUCUCUAGCAGGAAAAGUUUCAGCCUGGGCGGUGGCAGCAAAGUUCUGGAGAAGAGCGCCGUUCAAACUCCGAGACAAGCUGCCCGGGUGUUUGAUGAGGAUGACAAUGAUGUCACUCCUCAGCCGCUGUACCAGGCAGAUCCAGGAGCAGUGCAGGCCAAAGCCAGCAGGUUCUUUGUGGAUGAGAUCUCUGCUGGAUCAGCAUCAGAGCAGACAACAGCCACAGGGAGCUUCACCAUGCCUUUCUCCAGGUCAGUGUUAGGUAGCAGCAGAAUAUCCAGCCAGUCUACAAUAGAGUCGACGAAUGAGGAGAUCGAGGAUACAUUUACCAAACGAGACAUACCCAUCAACUUCCCAGAUGUGCAGGGGAAAAGAGACACUGUGAAAGAACAGGUGACAGAAGAAAUGCUGAAAGAACUUAUACAUGUGUACAUCUGUGAAACAGACAGCAUGUCACUGUUGGAUAUACCCAGCACCUUUGUGUCAGUGGAUGCUGAUGAUGCAGAAACUAUCACAGAGAAAAACAACCAGUAUGCUGAAGUUUGCAGGAACAGAAUGGGCAAUGAUAAGUACGUCGAUCGAUCAAUGCAGACACUGAAUGGAGCAGCUAAAAACAAACAUGUCCAGACUGACAGCAUGGCCAUGGUGGACACAGCCACCACUGUUACCACCUGGGACAUGUAUGACACUUUGCGUGGCCCUGAGCAGGAUAACACAGUGCACAACCCUGAACCAGAGAAAGUUGAGUAUCCAGAGGCUGUGAUGGACACCAACAGAGGUGCAGAGAGGAGCGUGUCAGUGGGCAGCACAGCCAGUACAGCCAGUGCAGCUAGCUCACUGAAAGAAGAAGUGUUUGGAAGCAGUGUAAAUGCUGAGUCAGACCUGCAGCUGAUCAUGCUAUCAGAGAACUUCCAACAAUGCUUACUUGUAAUGGAGAGGAACAUCCUGAGAAACACCUUCCAACCUAAACUGGCUGCUUACAGACAGCUGCCUGUACUAGAAGACCUGGGCAGUCCGGUGAAGCCUGGGACCAUGGAGCAGAGACAGGAGGAUACAGAGAAAUCUAGAUCUCAAGCUCUGGAGCGUCUGUGGGCUUUCAGCUGUGAGCUCAGCAGAGGAUGCAGUGUCAGCAGCAUGGCUUGGAACAAGAGGAACCCGGACCUCCUGGCUGUGGGUUAUGGUGAAUUUGAUUCCAGCACACAGAGAGCAGGCCUGGUGUGCUGCUGGUCCCUCAAAAACCCCACAUGGCCUGAGCGUGUCUUCCACUGUGACAGCGCUGUGACUUCUCUGGACUUCUCCGCCAACAACCCUAGUCAGCUGGCUGUGGGGAUGCAUGACGGCAGCAUCGCUAUCUAUAAUGUGCACAGUCAGGACAACAAGUCACCUGUCAUCAGCAGCAGUGAGUGUCCCAACAAACACUUAGGUCCAGUGUGGCAGCUCAGGUGGACUCAACAAGAGCUGAGUAUAACAGGAGAUGAGAAAGUAGAAGCUCUCUUCUCUGUGUCUGCUGAUGGCAGGAUCACCAAGUGGUUUGUCUUCAACAAUGGCCUCGACUGCAUAGACCUGAUGAAGCUCAAGAGGAUUCAUAAUGCAAAGAAGAAGGCUGGAGGGAACAACACAGAAAAGAAGUCAGAAAGUGUUCUGUCAGCUUUAACUCCUGGUCUGUGCUUUGACUUCCAUCCAACAGAUUCCAGUCUCUACUUGGUUGGUACGUGGGAAGGUUUCAUCCACAAAUGCUCCUGCUCCAACAGUCAACAGUUUCUGGAGACUUUCAGGAAACACUUUUGUCCCGUGAACUGCAUCGCAUGGUGUCCACUCAGUCCUGAUGUGUUCCUGAGCUGCUCCUCUGAUUGGACCAUCCAGCUGUGGAAGCAGGACUGCCUUAACCCCGUGUUAGGCUUCACCUCCACUCAGAUGGCAGUGUACGACAUCAAGUGGUCUCCAAAGUGGGCCACUGUAUUUGGAGCCAUUAAUGAGGGACAGCUGGAGAUCUGGGACCUGAACUCAAGCAUCCUGGACCCGGUCGCUGUGCAGCCUGCUGCCCCUGGUGUGAAGAUGAAGUCCUUGCUGUUUGCCACACAAACAGACUGUGUCCUAGUGGGAGACAGUGAUGGACAGGUGACAGUCUACCAGCUCAAGAACUUCAGUGUAGGAGAGAGCAGCCAGGUGAAUAUUCUGGAAGGACUCAUCCACUCUGCAGCUUCCAGAUAGUUUGAAGGAACCAUUUGACUUUCUGUUGGUUAAAGAUGUCCAAAGAAAAAAAGUUACACAUUCAGGUAUAAGUAACAAGUGCAUGUUGGCACAGUCAUUAUGGAAAAUUGAACCAUCAGCCUAAUCAUUUCAAUACAACUCAGCUUGUCAGGGGAGUAAAACCACAGGCUUUAAGGCUGUUCUUUAAUCACAAAGGUCUGUAUCUGCUCUUCCUUUAAGUACCACUCUAUUUCAGACACUUGGUCCUAAACGUUCCCCAAACAACGCAUGAUGUGGACAAAAUGAAGCACACUGAAUUUUUUAAUCAUCAUGAAGAAACUGUAUCAUGAAAUGAUUUGGUGACAUGA